AUGCAUCGGAACCAUGAUAAAAGAACAUCUUUCCAAAUUAUCAUUCUUCUGACAAUUUGGACCUUGGUACAUUGUCCAUCGGUGCUGUCAAGUGGAGAGAUUUCGCCAGGUGAUGACGACGGAACGAUUAGGGAAGAUACUGGAGAAAUCGAGGUCGAUGAUAUCGAGAAGGAUUCUAGUGAUGAUGACAUCGGUGGUGUCGUCGUAGAGGAGCAAAGCGAGGAGAGGAUACGGCUAUUCCAGUACGACCCUGUUGAAGUAGGAUACAUCAGAUACGUGGAAAUUUCUCCUGGACGAUACAUCCAAAUGAAGACGAUUGCCGUAAAGCCACCAGCUUUUGGAACUACGAACUGGCUUAUUAUCAAAGUAGUCUACGUCUGUGAUGGUGGUGAGAAUUGUCAUUUCGAUUUGCUUCCUCCAGAAAUUCCUAAAUUCCUAACCGCGGAGGAAUGUGAAAGACUAAAAGAGCUCGCCCUGGAUGCAGGUCUUUACAGCAGUAGAACCUUGGGGUCGGCAUUAAACAUCACCGGUAUCGAUGAAUCCAAGGUCACUUUCAAUAAAACAGAAUGGAUUCCGAAACUGACCAAGUGUGAUAAUGAUACCGACGGUAAACUAGACUUCACCGAAGUGCUACAGUGUCUCCCUGGGCUGGAGGAAGGGGAGACAGUUCCCCCUGAUAUGUUACAGAUCUUAUACCUGCAGGUUAAGUUGGACUUGGACAGUAACGGAAUCAUCGACGCACGGGAGCUAUGGCUAAUGAACAUCGAGAACAAAACGAUUGAGAUCAAGGAAUGGCUCUCCCAGUGGCGACGAGGAAAUGUGUCCGAAGUUAAAGGAAAGGGGCGGGCUCGAAUCAGUGAGCAGGCUUGGGUUGAUUGGGCGGACUCCGCGGAGCCCAUCGUACUGAAUCUACGAGAAAGAUUUAUGACCAUUUUGUAUUAUCUCCAAGACACAGAAAUUGGAGGUGAAACUGCGUUCCCUUUGGCUGAGUUCGAAAACAUUUCUAAAGAAUACAAGAAGAGCUUGGGUUAUAACUACAGCGACUUGAGCCGCAACUGUCAUAAAAAUCUGUACGUAACCCCAGAAUACGGGAAGGCGAUCAUGUGGUACAACCAUCAUAUCGAUGAAGAAACAGGUUGGAUGUCCUCACUAAAUAAAAAUGCCCUUCAUGGAGGUUGUGACGUCACAAAGGGGACAAAGUGGAUCGCAAACAAUUGGAUCACCGUAGAUGAUGACUAUGAAAGACAAAUGGAAUUUCAUGCUCAAAUAUUUCAACCAAGGAAAGAUGGCGAAGUAGCAGAGUCAGGAAACGAAACGAAUGAUGAAGAAAAUAAUACAGUUGUAGGAAAAGUGGAAGGAGAUACAGAGUCCAAUGACGACUCCUCAGAUCAGAAUAACCACAAUGAAAGCUCUACGGGAGAAAGAAGCAUGCCCGCUACUGGCAGAUCUGAGAGACAUGGCCUUUCUCAAGAACACGUUGAAUUAUAAUUUCAUUUGUCAAGUUACUAUACGUCAAUUACAAUCAGUUGAUUACACUCUGAAGUGUAACACUCAAUCGCCUAAGUACCACAAAAUUGGCAAUAUCCUCUAAAUAAUACUCCACCUCCAAAUCAUGUAAAUGUAAAGGGCGUUAUACAUUAAACAUAACACUCGUAAAGGCUUGUGGAAUAGAUGCAUAUGAAAGGAAUGAACCUAUUUUAAAUGCAGUGUUGAAAAUGGCAGUCCCCUACUCAUUUUCCUGAUAACAGACUUCACACUUUUUAAGAAAUUUGCCGUAAGAAACAGUGUUGCCUGUUUGUCUGUUACACGUGUAAAUCCGACCUUAUUACUUGCUUGUGGUACAAAUGUGCCACUUCACUUUACUAUACCAUACUAAGGUAUCACAGCUUUUGUUUUUAUUCCUUCCUUUCUUUAUUUUGAAUUAUAGUAUGUUACAUAUAUGGACUUUGCACUUAUUUUGUAUGCACGAUGGUUUGUUUUAUUGCUGGGCUUUCAUACAUUAUUUCUGUAUCGAAUUUAUUAUAUCAAUCACCAUAUUAAGCAUUUAUCUCCUUUGGCCGUCCGUAUCUUGUAUCCUCCGUAAAUGCGUUUUAUUCGACUUUUCUUUGAUCUUCUUGGGUAGAAGGUGGAAUUUUUAAAAGUUAAUAAUGAAGUUACGAAUUAUGCCAUGAAUUUAUACUUUUUCCCUGAAUUACGUCUUAAAAAAUGCAUAUUUUCAUGCAUAAAGCCUACAUAUUAACUUUCUUAUUAUUACAAAAAUGUUAUAUAUAUUUCAAAAAAACUUCAGUUCAUUUUUUACC